AUUGCAUCUUGUAAUCUCUCAAAUGGGUAGAGAAGAAACGAAAAUGGAUAUUGAUCUUUCCCUGAAAAUAGAUAUUGAAGAAGAAGUUCAAGAAGUUGAAGAAAAUGGUGAAGAAGAGAAGGUAGAUUUGCAAGAAACAAAUGAUAACGAAGCAACAGCAACAACAGUUACCGGAGGAGAAGAAGCAGAUGAUUCUUCUGUAGAAUUAUCCUUGCAAGAUAACACCAAGACAGAAGAGUUAUCAGCUCUGCAGAUGCAGAUGAAUAGAAUGAAAGAGGAGAACAAAGUCUUGAGAAGAGUAGUAGAACAAACCAUGAAAGAUUACUAUGAUCUUCAAAUGAAAUUUGCAGUUAUCCAGCAAAAUAACCAGAAGGAUCCACAUAUCUUUCUCCCAAUUAAUGUUAAUGACGAGAAAGCUCUUCAAGAACCAAAGGGAUCAGUUCCAGAAUUUUUGGACGCUAAUAAUCAUGGACGUUUAGCUUCUUUACCAAAGGAUAAUGAUAGGAUUCUUGGAGAAAAAGAUUUAGGCCUGUCAUUGAGGCUGCAAAUUGAUCACUCAGAUCAUCAUCAAGAAAUAGAGGAAGAUUAUAAAGAAGAAAUCAACAAGGAAGAAAAUGGAAACCAUGCGUCGGUGCCCAAUAAUAAUAAGCUUCAAAGAACUGAUCAUCACUUGGCUGGACUCACUAGUCAUGCAGCUUCUCUACCCAACAGAAAAGCUAGGGUUUCAGUCAGAGCUAGAUGUCAAGCAGCAACAAUGAAUGAUGGCUGCCAAUGGAGAAAAUAUGGGCAGAAAAUUGCCAAAGGCAAUCCUUGCCCUCGAGCCUACUAUCGUUGCACAGUAGCUCCAGGAUGCCCAGUCAGGAAACAGGUGCAAAGAUGCCUAGAGGACAUGUCAAUUCUCAUAACAACCUAUGAAGGAACCCACAAUCACCCACUUCCUGUAGGUGCAACAGCCAUGGCAUCAACUGCUUCAGCAGCUGCUUCCUUCAUGUUAUUGGAUUCUAGCAAUCCUCUAUCUGAUGGAAUUCAUAAUUUCACCCAAUCAUCACUCCCAUAUCGUGGGGGUGGGGCCGGCUCUCAUCACAUGUUUUAUCCUUAUUCGUCACCUUUUAGAAGCAUAAACCCUAAUGAUCCUUCUAAAGGGAUUGUUCUUGAUCUUACACACAACAGUACUCAUGACCAUCCUCCACAAAAAUUCCCAUUACCUAGCUCAUCAUCACAUCUUUCAGGCCAACCCUUGUUUUCUUGGAUGCAAAACAAGUCAUCAAGUCACCAAAAUAGUGGAAAUAACACUAGUGCUGCUAGCCUUAGGGAUGAAAGAGGUUGGAAAGGUGAAGAUCAAGACAAAUCACUAGCUGAAAAUGUUACUUCUAUUGCAUCUGAUCCAAAAUUCAGGGUUGCUGUUGCAGCUGCUAUCACAUCUCUCAUCAAUAAAGAAAAGGGUACCCCUCAUGCCAUGAGGCCUUCCUUGGUUCCUAUUAAGGAAGGAGAAGUUGGUAGCUCUAGUACCAAGAAUUGGGUUCUUGAAUCUCUCUCAGCUGCAAGUGGUAAGCCAAUCAGAAAUUCAUCACCUUGAAAUUAAAGAAUCUGUAUAAGAUCAAUAAUUUCUUCAAAAACAUCAAUUAGAAUAUACAAAAAUUAUGUAAUAUUAAGUACUUGUUUAGAUUUGGCUACUACCGAAUAAAAUUCAUACCAGAUUGAUAAAUUUUCUUUUUUUUUUUUCCAAGCUUUUCUUACCUUUUUUUUCUUUUGUAUAAUUACCUGAAUUUAA